AACUUUCUCGUAAUAAAAAGCUAAAAGAAAGUGGCAAAGAGGUUAUCUAGCAGUUGAAUACGAGAGUUUUCUCCAAUGAAACUGAGUGAGAUGGUGGAGAAAUGGAGGAAGAGAAAGAAGGGUCAUUUUUCUGUAUAUACAAAGGAAGGAAAAAGGUUUGUUGUGCCUCUGUACUACUUGAAUCACCCCAUCUUCAGAGUGCUGUUAGAGAUGGCUGAGGAAGAAUUUGGAAUAAUCGCUAACGGGCCACUGCAAGUUCCUUGUGAGGAAGAACUGAUGGACAACAUUCUCUCUUUGCUAAGAAGAAAUCAGAAGAAAUCCCUCCCGCGAUGCAGAGACAACUUACAGUUACAUGGGAGCUUCAAUAACCUCUUUCUUUCCACUCUUUCAUGCUCAUAAUCAACAUCAUGAUCAGCAAAAUGUAGUUUCAUUCAUAAAAUUAGGGCAUGUUUAAUUGAUACUGAGGCUGUAGGAAUGAAUUCAAAUGCCCUUAUUGUCCUACCUUUGGUAAUAGAAUUAAAUUAGUUCUAUUUUAAAUAUUGUAUUUGU